CUAUCGUCUCCUCUGCUACCCUACCCAGCAUGCAUGGAGGACCGACAGGCUGAAUCAUCCUUCUGCCGACUGUGCCAAGCUGGGUGUUGGUGGUCCUGUGUGUCUGAUGCAGGGGCCAGGCACCACUGCCCUGCUGCUACACACCUUGGCCUGGGCAUGGACAGGUGCGAUCGAACACGAUCCCAAGAUUGAUGGACGGCAUCGAGCUGCGCUAACACUGAAAGAGAAUGUCACCCACAAGUUCAACUGCCAGUCAGAGGGUUGGAAUCCUAAUGCCCCGCCCCUGCUGACGUGGUGUCUCAACGGGAAGCAACAGAGACAGCCGACGGACAAACGGACACCUGGGCGCCUGGUGGUGACAUCAGUGGAGGAGUCUGGGCUGCUGAAAUUGGACUCCAAGCACAACAGCACCUUCUCUCUGAGAGCCAGGAAGUGGGAUAGAGAGCUGGUGUGUGCUGCCUCCAGCCCUCACUGUGGAGAGAGCUACAACGCCACCGUCAUCCUUAAUGUGCAGUGUCAGGAGGCUUGUUGAAUGAUCUACUGAUGUUUUGUGGUGUGGGGAUGUGUUUAUAUGAUUAUAUGUUGUGGCUGCUAAGGUUUCAUAACCAAAUACAGUAUUAACCCCAGUCCUUCUGCCUACUCAGAUAUUAUCAUUGGUUCCAGUGCUAAUAUCAAUAUCCAAUAUGAUCCCACCACUGUAGGUUAUUUAAACCCAGUAGUAUAUUGAACCGAUGUGAUGCUCAGUUUCCCUCUAUUUGUUAUGUUCCCAUACCUUUUCCCAGUCCUGCCAGAGAUUCUGCGUGUAAAUACUCACUACACUGAGACCUCAGACCCUGGCCUCUCCCUGGUCCUCUUUGCCUUUGUACGGUAACCCCCUGCACACAUCACCUGGGUGGACCAGUCUGGCCAGCUGGUGGCCAACACCUCGGACUUCCUCAUCCUGGACUCGCGGAGCUACCCAUGGCUGACCAAUCACACGCUGCAGGUCACCCUGAGCAGCCUAUCAGGGAACGUCUCUGUGAACGCCAGCAACAGUGUCGGUGCAGCUCAGAGGAACCUUCCUCUGGCAGGUCUGGCAGUGUUCCUCCAGUCCAGGGUGGAGGUGCCGGUGCUGGGCAUCCUGACAGGGGGCGCUGUGGCCUUCAUUACCCUUCUCAUCCUCAGCCUUCUGGUGCUCUGCCUUCUGCACAAGGGCAAGGCCAUCAUCGAUGAGCCAGUCGAGAUUAUAAUGGCGAAAAAAUGUAUCGAAUCACCUACUAUGAAGGUAGACAAGAUAUACCUACCCAGAGAGAACAUGUCUCUACCUUCCAACAUGCAACUCAAUGACCUCAGCACCCUGCGUAAAGCAAGAGAGGCCGCCAAACACCACCUUGGGGAGAAGAUGAGCGAGGAAGAGGAGGAUCUCUCUGCUGCCUAUGCUGCUAGGGGCUUUGGCCGGUACUCCACGUUGGGCUACAUCUAUAAGGUGAACAGCAAGAGCAGUGAUGAGAUCUGUCUCUGACUACUAUGCCACAGUCCCACCACUGGGUUGUCAAAGCACAGUUCAACCGGCCAAUAGGAACCUGUGAACGACUGCCUGUCAGCCAAUCAGCUGAUCCCAUCUUCAAAAAGGACCAAUAGAGAUGCUGAGAUGAUUACAGGCGCGGACCAGCAAGAGAAACCGAUCAGGAAGAUACUGUAGUUAGCUAUCUCACUCUGAGGUUGUCCAGAUGAACAUAUUACAACAUUCCAACUUGAUUCAGUGAAAAUCAGAAUAUCACGUCCUUUGUUGAUUGGUUAGUGUAUUUCAAGCUGACAGGUAUAAAUCUGUAGCCUUGUCCUAUGUUUGUGCUGUCUGUCUGUUUGGUGUGACAAUAUGUCAUGAACAGAUCUGGGACCAGGCUAAUAACUCUGACUGGCAUGGACUGAAUCAUCAAAAGGUGCAGUUGUAGAAUCAAGUUAAUGCAUUAAGAUGGCUCUAAACACCUAAACUGAUGCUCAGUGUGGGAAGUAUACUGUACCAGUGUUUUAGAUGGCUCUAAACACCUAAACUGAUGCUCAGUGUGGGAAGUAUACUGUACCAGUGUUUUAGAUGGCUCUAAACACCUAAACUGAUGCUCAGUGUGGGAAGUAUACUGUACCAGUGUUUUAGAUGGCUCUAUACACCUAAACUGAUGCUCAGUGUGGGAAGUAUACUGUACCAGUGUUUUAGAUGGCUCUAAACACCUAAACUGAUGCUCAGUGUGGGAAGUAUACUGUACCAGCGUUUUAGAUGGCUCUAUACACCUAAACUGAUGCUCAGUGUGGGAAGUAUACUGUACCAGUGUUUUAGAUGGCUCUAAACACCUAAACUGAUGCUCAGUGUGGGAAGUAUACUGUACCAGUGUUUUAGAUGGCUCUAUACACCUAAACUGAUGCUCAGUGUGGGAAGUAUACUGUACCAGUGUUUUAGAUGGCUCUAAACACCUAAACUGAUGCUCAGUGUGGGAAGUAUACUGUACCAGUGUUUUAGAUGGCUCUAAACACCUAAACUGAUGCUCAGUGUGGGAUGUAUACUGUACCAGUGUUUCAGAUGGUUUACACUGACUGACAACUACCACAUCUCUGGUCCUGAACGUCUCUAAAACUAAGAGCAUUGUAUUUGGUACAAAUCAUUCCUUAAGUGCUAGACCUAAGCUGAAUCUGGUAAUGAAUGGUGUGGCUGUUGAACAAGUUGAGGAGACUAAAUUACUUGGCAUUACCUUA